AUGCCCAGUUUCUCAGAGCCCACUGGCUCUUUUGCAGCGACCUGGAAGAAACGCAAGCGUGACCAUGAAGAAAGCAACACCUUGACUCGUCCAUCAUCCUUCAUCCCCUUUCGCGUAGACCGUCCCGAUUACGACGGCACCUGCCCGUUGCCCCUGUCCCGACACCCUGCAGAAGGGAACGACCUCUCCUUCCGCCCCCGCUGUCUCCCUCGCAAACGUAGACACCUCCAGCCUCCAUAUCUCGCCCUCCCAACUCACCAACCAUCUUCUCUUCUCUCUCCAAAUGUCUAUGCCCCCGCGCAAGACCCAUAUUCCCCGCCCGUCUCACCCAAGACGGUCGUACCAAUCACCUACCCUCCCACAUCCCCCUCCGCCCUCCGACCAUGCCAUAUCUGCCACCGCCGCCCGACAACACGACAAGUCCUAGACGCUUAUGCCGAUUGUGAUCUCUGUGGUGAACGUGCAUGCUUUAUCUGUCUGCGCCAGUGCGAUGCUCUCGGAUGCCUGGGCUCUGCAAACACCCCCUUCGCCGAUGAACAUGAGCCAGAUCUAUUCUCGCCCAGUGAAGACUUUGAUGGUGCAGUCAUGGGCCGAAGACGAAAAGUCUGCUCUGGCUGUGCUGUUGAGGGACUUACAGAGACUGGGACUGAAAUUGUCCGAUGCCUCGACUGUGUGCAGGGUAAUUCGGCGACUGGAUGGACGCUAGACGGGAUGAAUCAUGAGAUGAUGUGCGGAUAA